AUGAUCCUCGACUGGCACAACUUUGAUGCUGUGUUUCAGCAGAAACCAGACUAUGCCCUGGAUCAGAAAACGGUGGAGAACAUCUUGAGACAUCGAAGGGAAUUUGGAGACGAAUUGUUCUUCGAUCGGAUAUGGAAGUCGAUUGGGCUUACCCAACCCUCGAGGAAAAACUACCCCGCGAGGUCGAAUCAAGACUUGAGGAAUGUUUGGUCCAAAAUCGUCCAGUCACCUGCGCCCGACGAGCAGAAACUCGCCCUUCUCUACUAUGUCCUACUCGACUGUCGUGGGAUCACUGGUGUAGACAAUGUCUUCGUCCGGAGGACAUAUCUACCACAGAAAUACCAGCUCCUCGUCCAAGGACUUUGGGAACUCGACCAUUCUCAGUUCUCCAAAGCCCUAGAGCACCUUACCGAUCCAUCCCUCGCCCUUCCCUUCGCUGACGAAGUCCUCCUUUCUCUCCUAAAACAUCCGAGAUGUGAGCCUGCAUUGGCAACCGCCUUUUACAUCACUGUAUCGCCGCCAUUGCGGGAUCCCAAGACCGUGGAUGCAUAUUUCGAUUUACUAUCUUCCAAUAAUCUGCCGGAAGCGUACUAUUUCGCAAAGAGACAAGACAAGCUGAAUCAUAAGUCCUUAUUUGAGAAACUGGUUGCAACAGUACAUCAGGAAAAGGGAGGCCAGCUUCGUGCGACAAGAGCUACCAUUCUGGUCGGCUUGCCGUUCAGCUCAGAGGAGGACGCCUGGUUCGAGGACUUUUUACUUCGCGGCAAAGGAACCAAAUUUCCAGGUGCCAAAGACACGGUGAUGGUCCGGCGAUUAGCUACUGGCAAAUCGGUUUCCGCGGUCACCGAAAAUACGAUGCUCAAUAGGUUGAAGGGAGAGAACAUCGAUGGUGUUAGCUGGGAGACCAUUCGGAGAUCAAUUGCAGAAGCUGCGCCAAGCUGA